CGUCUCGGCUCGAGGUCCGCUGCAACGGCUUGCACGCGGUCAUGAGCGACAACGAGUCUGCGGCUGGUUCGUCGCGGCAGAAGGACGUCCAGAACGAGGCCUGCACGGCGUGUCGGCUCGUCAAGCGGAGGUGCCUCAACGAGGGCAAGGGCUCGAUCUGCACGCGCUGUGCCAAGCAGGGGCUCGACUGCCAGUACCUGCAGCAGAAACGCGGCCGCAAGCCGGGCAGCGGCGCGCCCAGGAAACGCCGCGCGGGCGAGGGCGACAGCGAGCCUGUCGGAGCUGCUGACCGCUCAGCAAGUUCGGCUGUCGAGACGCCGUCCGGCGCCAACGACUGGCUCCUCGCCGACCUCCUGCGCACCCAGGCCGAGGGUCCGGUACCGACGACGGCCGCCUUCUCGUCCACGCCGCAACGCGUUGCCGCGUCCGCCGCACCGCCGUUCCCGCAUCCUUCCGCCUACGUCAGCACCGGCAUGAGCGCGUUCGCCGCCCUCCCGCACCACUCGGCGCCGCAGCACCACCCGACAGGGCCGAGCCCGGCCGCGAGCCACAACUCGGCGCACUCGGUCCCUCCUGUACCAGCGGCGUCGAGCCCGUGCGGCGCGCCGGCGACCGGCGGCUUCUCGCUCAGCAAGCUCCUCAAGGAGAACCAGCCCACCAACGGCGACGCCGACGAGCCGAGGCAUUCGCUCGCCGACGCGUUCGCGCCUCGUUCGGCUCAUGCGCCCGCCAAGAAGCCCGAGCGCAAGUUUGUCGACAUCGUCGAGGCCGGCGUCCUCCCUGCGGCCCAAGUGCCUGCCCUGUUCCAGUUCUACUUCGACCACCUCAACCCGAUGACGUCGCUCCUCGACCCUGCGCUCCACACGGUCGACUUCUGCCGGUCGCGGUCGCCGUUCCUGUUCACGGCCAUCCUCACCGUCGCGUCCAAAGUCGCGCACCCGGCCCUGUACCCGUCGACGCUCCAGUACGCCAAGACGCUCCUCGGCCAAGCCUUCGAGGCCGGCACCAACAGCCUCGAGCUCGUCCAAGCUCUCGCGACGCUCGUCUUCUGGCAGGACCCUGAGGACCCGAGCGGCGCGCGCAAGCUCGCGUACGCCAUCCGGUGCGCGUUCGAGCUCAACAUCCACAAGCGCGGCAAGCGGCCCUUGCCCGAGGACGAGAUGCAGCUCAGGAGGGCGCUCAACCCGGAGCGAACCUGGUUCUACCUCACGAUCGCCGACCACCGCUUCUCGACGCAACGUGGCCUGCCCAAGAUGAUCGACAACAGCUUCCGGUCGGACGCCAUCCCGUGGCUCCUCGAGCACGACUCGCAGCAGCUGUGCCCGCAAGAGACGGGCCUCGCGCCCCUCAUCGAGCUCGGCCGCAUCCUCGACACGUUCGCCGUCCUCAUCGCGCCCGAGGAAGGACUGCCGUCGCUCGAGCUGCUGCGGUGCCUCGAGCGAGACGUCGAGGCGUGGCGCAGCAACUGGUCCCUCGAGCGAGCGUCGCUCCCGCUCCAGCCCGCGCAGACGUCCCUCGUCCGCUUUUACGGCGCGGUCCUCCAGUUCCAGCUCCUCGAGCUCAACCUGCACAUCUCGAUCAAGCGCUCGAGCAGCCUCGACGCGUUCGACCCGCGCGCCGACGUCCGCGCGACGCCGCUCGUCGUCUUUGGCGGCUGCAUCAAGGCGGCGAUCCGGGUCCUCGACAUCAAGGAGCGCGAGCUACGCUUCAUGGUCUACUCGUUCGACUCGAUGUGGGUCGGCGCAGCGUCGGCGUCGAUCUGGCUCGCGCAGAACCUGAGCGGCAUGGAGCCGGCCGACAAGGCGGCGUCGCUCUCGGCGCUCAACCGCCUCCAGAACGCGUGCGCCGAGGUGUCGAACGGCCCGCAGAGCAUGGCGGCCUACACGUCGAGGCUCCUCUUGCACCUGCUGCAGAAGGUGCAGGACGGCGAGGCGGCGGCGGCGGCAGCGGCGGCAGCAGCGUCGACGGCGACGUCGAGCGACGGGCAGGCGAGCGCGCCGCCUCCAGGAGGGCUCGGCGCGGACCCGAACUCGGUCGGCUCGUCGACGCAAGCCCCGUCGUACGUCAAGGCGAGCCUGAGCGCCCCGUCUUGGUCGGUCGACCCGUCGGCGAGCGCGUCGGCCGGCAUCGGCGUCUUCAACAGUGGCGGCGGCGGCGGGGUGUACGGCACGUCCGCAGGUGCGACGCCCCGCCGCGAGGUGUCGCAGCCCAUGUGGGCGGCGCAGGCGCUCGAGCCGAGCGGGUCCGAGACGCCGGCGCAGGGAGGCUUUGACUUCCUCGGCGCCAUGAUGCCGCCCAUGCAGAACCUGGUUGAGGACUUGCCCUUUCCUGCGGCCGACGACGCGCUCUGGCAAUCUCUCUUUCCCUUGUCGUUUGAUUUCGAGUCGACCUGAGCCGCCCUCCCCUCGUUCGUUCCCGCCUUUGUCGUCGCCGCUUGCAAUGUUGCCAUCUUUGUCUCUCGC